AUGGUUGAUGAGUCACGGGAUGAAUCCAAAAAAGAGCAACUGGCCAUAGUCGUAAGAUUUGUUGAUGUGAAAGGGGUGAUACGGGAAAGGUUCUUGGAUACAGUUCAUGUAGAAAAUACUGAUGCGGCGACUUUAAAGGCUAGUUUGUGGAAUAGAGUUUUGAAUCAAAAUUUUGAUACUGGAAAAAUUCGUGGUCAAGGUUAUGAUGGUGCUAGAAAUAUGAGUGGGGAAUGGAAUGGAUUACAGACACUCGUUCGGCAGCAUAGUCCUUACGCGUUACAACUUGCCUUAGUUUGUAUCUCAAAGGAAGUUGAUCCAAUACACGAGUUCUUUGAUAAAUUAGCUUAUGUAAUAUAUGUGGUUUGUGCUUCUAGUGAGCGUCACGAUGAGUUACAAAAGACGAAGGCAAUUGAGAUUAACGAAUUAAUGGAGUUGGGUGAAAUCAAAUCGGGAAAAGGAAAAAACCAGGUCAGGACAUUAAGAAGGGCCGGGGAUACACGUUGGGGUUCCCAUUAUAAUUCCAUUUCUAGUUUGAUUAACAUGUUUGGUGUCACUCGGGCUGUUCUCAAGGGAAUAAUGGACAACACUACUCAUAAUACCCGUCCUCAACGUGGAGAUUCUCAAGUGGCUUAUACUCAUUUGAAGUCAUUUGAGUUUGUGUUUGUUCUUCACAUGAUGAAAGAGGUGAUGCAAAAGACUGAUGCACUUUCUCAAGGAUUACAAAAGAAAUCCCAAGACAUCCUUAAUGCAAUGGAUUUACUUUCAGCCACAAAGCCUGAUAUGAAGGCUCCAUAUAAAUCUACCCGGUAUCGGCCUCGUAAAAAUGAUCUUCAUGUUACAUUUAAACAUUUUUACCGAGUAGAUUUGUUUAUGGAGACAUUGGAUAAGCAAAUACAUGAGAUGGAUUAUAGAUUCAGUGAGCAAUCAGUAGAGUUGUUAUCUUUUGGUGCGACUUUAUGCUCAAAACAGAUUAAUAUUGGUGACAUUGUUCUUCUUGCUGAGAAAUAUUAUCGUAUGGACUUUACUGACCAGGAGAGAAAUCAAUUAAGAAGUCAAUUGGAGACUUUUCAAGUUGAAAGGAUAAAUAAUGCCAAGCUAAGUAAGCUAGCAACCCUUUCUGAUCUCUGCCAAACUCUUGUAGAAACUGGGAAAAAUAGCAUGUACGAUUUGGUUGAAAGAGUGUGUCGGCUACUCUUGACAAUUCCGGUUUCAACUGCAACAACAGAGAAGGGAUUUUCGGCAAUGAAGAUAUUCAAGACUCGCCUACGUAAUAAGAUGUCUAAUGACAAUCUAGCAAACAGUAUGGUGAUUUACAUAGAAAAAGAAAUUGCUAGCAAGUUUGAUGCGGAGUCCAUAAUUGAAGAAUUAAAGGUUCUUAAAGGUCAAAAAGCUAAACUCUAA